AUGAAUUUGUUCAGCAAGAAUAAAUCAAGUAGGAGUAAUGUCGCCAACACUGAGGCAACUGCCAUUGCAGUGCCAGAAGAAGAGAUCCCUGUAGCUACGAUGGUUGUCGACAAUGAUGAUUCUUAUCUUCGAACAAGCAAUCCCCAGGCCACAGCUCCUACUGAGUAUCAAGACCAGCCCACCUCUCGUCCCAUGGUUUACAAUAAUUCCGAUCCUUCUUUCACACGAUUUUCAAUGAUGAAUAUCACGUGUUCCAAUUGUCAACAAGCUGGACGAACAAAGGUCCGGACGGCACCAGCCUGGCAAACUUGGGCUGCCACUGGAGUUGGCUUUCUUUUGUUCUGGCCUCUGUGCUGGUUACCCUUGGUUAUGGAUUCUUGCAAACAGUCGGAACACUUUUGCACGAAUUGUGGUCACAAGCUUGGAACCGUGCCUCCUUUUCAGGAUUGCUGUGUGAACACUCGCUCGUAA